AUGUUGGCAGGUGGCCAACUUCCUGGUCAGGCCGAUAAGGAUGACCUGCGAGUGCAGCAGGUAUCGGCUUUCCUCAGCCACGACGCUGUGGCCUCGGUGAUGGCUGCUUGUAGCCCACCUCCUGUUCGGGCCGAUAAGGCUUGGAAGGACCGCAUUGCAUUGCUUGCAUCAACCCCGACUACAACUGGUAGCUCCUGCACUCCGCCUCGAUCGAGGAGCCUCAGCUACACCAGCUGCGACGCGACCAAGCCUGAGGAGGUCAAAGCGCCAGUCGCAGCCAGCGCCUUCUCCCCUGCAGAGAAGGAGCAGGGACGAAGAAGAGGGCGCCCUCGAUGCAGGCCAGAGAACUCUUCGGCGGAGACUGGGUCGUCUUCUGUCAACUCUUCGGCGGAGGAGCGGCAUGUGCGGGGGCGAUCCCGCCACCUCCACCGGGUGCGUGGUGAGGAGCUCUUCGAUCUUCGGCUUCUUUCCUGGGCGCAGUCGCAGGCCAGCCUGAGCAGGGCACAGCGGGCGCUGCUGUCGUGCGGCCUGCGUGCCCGCGCGACAGCGCGCAAAGCACUGCGCAAGGCGCCGAGGAUCGAGCGAAAGCUCCCACAGGUCUUCCUGU